AUGAACAUUGUAGAAAAACCAAAAGCCUUUUUUAUUUGUAAAUUUUUCUUUUUUUAUUAUAUUUUUAGAAAGCCUUCCUUCCAACUUGAUCCAUUGAGAUGUAAAAUAAAUAAUAAAAAAAUUCCUUACGUCUGUGUUAUUCAGAUAUUGGGAUUAAGCUAUUACGGGCAAAGUGUGUGUCUAUAUAUACACGAUUUUUUUCCUUUUUUUUAUAUAUUAAUACCACCAGAAGAAAAGAAAAAUGAAAAAUUGGAAAUAGAAAUAUGUGAAUUUUUAGAGAAAGAAUAUGGCAAAUUAAAAAAGGAUGAAGUAAAUAAUGUAUGCAUAUAUAAUAUUGAAAGAGUUAAAAAGAAAUGUAUCUAUGGUUAUAAUGAAGAAUCUGAAUACUUUUUAAAAAUUUAUUUUUUAUAUCCAAAUACAGUUAAUUUUUUUGCCAGCUUACUGAAAAAAAAAUUAUUUAAAAAUCGAGUUUGGGACUUAUAUGAAGUUCAUAUAAAUUAUAUGCUACAUUUUUUAUGUAUGAAAAACAUUUAUGGAUGUUCAGAAAUAUAUGUAGACGAAAAUAUUCUCUUUCGAAAAAAUUUCUUCAGUGAGAUAAAUUUUGAGUGUUAUAUGAAAGAAGAUAAGUGGAAUAUAAAAAAAAAGUAUAACAUUGAAAAUAUAAAAAGAAACAAAUAUUUAGACAUAAAUUCUCCUACCUUCUUUACUAACAAAACAACAAAUGUUAAUUUUUCUCAUUUAAAAAGAGAAACAUUUUAUGAUAUUGAAUGUGAUAUAAAACAUCAACAUAUCUUGAAUAACGAAAUUUAUUCAUAUGAAUUUCAAAAGAAUAAAAUAAAAUGGAAAAAAGAAUUAUGUUUUGAUCUCCCUAUUAAUCAUUUAGACUCUUUUUCAAAAAUAUGGAUUAAAGAAAAAAAUAGAUGUAAAAGCAUAAAUUUUAAUUUAAUAAAAAAAAUUUUUUAUUUUGAAAAUAAUGAAAGUGAAUUAAAUUUUGAUUCUUUUGAAAUAUUGACUGAUAGAACUAAAAAAUUAUUUAACAGUUUUUUAAAAUUUAUAAGUAAAAGAGAAAAUGGAGAAAUUAAUGAAGAAAAAGAAAGAAUAGAUGGAAAAAACGAAGAAGAUCAGUGGAAUGAAGAAAAAAUAAGAAUAAAUAAAGAAAAUAUAGGAAUAAAUCGAAAAAAAGGAGAAGAAAAUGAAACAAAAAUAGAAAAAAAUGAUGAAAAAGUAGAAGAGAUUGAAGAAAAAAUAGUAACAAACUCAGAAAAAAAAGAAAAGUUUGGGGAUCAAAUAAAAAGAAUUGGAGAAAGAAGUGAAAUGAAUGAAGAAAAAAUAAUAGAUAUUAUAAUGAUAAAGGAUAAUGAUGAAAAAAUAAGAAGGGUUGGAGAAAAGAGAGAACAAGAUGAAGAAAGUGAAAUGGUUGGAGAGAUGAGAGAAAAAGAUGAAAAAAUGGAAAUGGAUAGAAAUAAUGGAAAAAAAAAUGAAAAGAAAGUUGUUGGAGACAUAGAAGAGAGUGAAAAAAGAGAAAGAUUUAGAAAAAUAGAGGAAAAAGGAGAAGAACAAUGUUCUCCUUAUUCUCCAUUGAUAGAAAAAAAUUCAUUUUAUAAUAAUAAUACCAUUUCACAUGAAAACAUAAUAAGCAACAAAAUUAAAAGUAUAAAUAAUAAUUUAAAUCAUAGAAUAAAUUAUAAUAUUAGUGGUAGUCACAAAUUAAGUAAUGAUAACUUAAAUUUAGAAAAUAAUAAGAUUUUAGAUUCGAAUAAUGAAUUUGAACAAUUAUUUAUUAAUUCAGUUAAUUCCACUGAAUCUUAUAUAGGAAAAAAUGAAAAAAGAAUUUUUAAGACUAUAGAGAGUGUUAUUACUUCUAGCAAUGGUAUGAAUGAAAAAACAAUAGAAAAAUCAGUAGAAAAAACAAAAGAAAAUACAGUAGAAAAAACAAUAGAAAAAACAAUAGAAAAAACAAUAGAAAAAACAAUAGAAAAAACAAUAGAAAAAACUUUAUCUGAUAAUCAUAAUAUAAAUGAAAAUAAUUCUAUAAGUGAACAAAUGCAUAAAUUGGAUUUAUGUAGUAACAAUAAUGAAAUGAAUACACAAACUCAUUUAACGAAUGCUUAUGUAUUUAAUGAAGGACAAAAGGAAAUAUUUUCAGAAAACAAUAAUGAAAGAAAAUGUAUAGCAUCAUUCAAAAUUAAUAAUGAGAGAAAAGAAAUUAUUAGAUAUACAUAUAAGAAAACAGCACCCAAAAUAAAACGAUGCUUUUCUAUUUAUAAUGAUUUUUCAAUUAAAAAUAAGGAGGAAAACAAAGAUUAUUACACAGAUGGUGAAAAUGAAGAUUGUAAAAAUUUUGUUUUUAAAAAUAAAAUUAAAUCAAUAAAUAACAGUGAAAAUUUGACUAAUAGUAAAAAAAAAAAAAUAAAUAUAAAAUAUGGAAAUUUAUUUUUCCUUGAAAUUUUAACUAAGAUAAAAAAUGAAAAUUGCUAUUCAUCAAAUUUCAAUGAUGACGAAAUAAAAGCUGUUUUCUAUUUAAUUAGAGAUGAGAGACUCAUGAAUUAUUUUGAAGAUUAUGAAGAUUGUGUAGGUAUUAUAGCUACUAAGCCAUUUCCAGAUAUUUCAAAUUAUUUUAUAGAAAAAGAAAAAAAAGAAAAAAACUUAGUAUUUUACCCAAAUAUAAAACAUAAUAAAGGUAUUUAUAUUUGUAAAGAGAAAUUUAUAGAGAAUCAAGAAAAGGAAAAUAACAAUGUAAAUUCAAUAAAAGAAAAGAUAUAUAAAAAUGAUGAAAGUGAUGAAUUCAAAAAUGAUAAUUUAAUCUUUUUUGAUUUUAAUAUUAAUUAUGAACAAAUUAAUAUAUGUAUAGUAGAAAAUGAAAUAGAACUUAUAAAAAAAUUAAUAGAUAAAAUUAAUUUUUAUUCUCCUAUUAGUAUAAUUUCAUAUGAAAAUGAUAAAUAUAAUGUUAAUUAUAUUAACCAAAGAUGCCUAGUUUUGAAAAUGGGAAAUUUUUAUAAACUAAUUAGUAAAUUAAAUGAUCAUUGUGAUUAUAAUGAUUUAAACAACACAUAUAAUAAAAAAAUAAAAGGUAAAGUAAUUGAGAGUUUAUACAAAUUAAGUAAUAUUUCUAAUAUUUCUUUUGAAAAUUUAUGUAAACAUUAUUUAAAUAUAAAUUUACCUAGUAUCAGCAAAUAUACCCUAUAUUAUUGGUAUAGCUUUUGUAAAAAUGUACAAAAUGAUAAUUUAAAUAACGAAGAUAAUAAAUUAAUAAAUUAUAAUAAUAAUAAUUAUGUACAUUUUCCUUAUAGAUAUAUAACUGUAAGAUAUUUUUUAAUGAGAAUUUAUUUUUCACAAUUAAUAUAUAAUAAAAUAGGGUUUUUAAAAAAAAAAAUGAAUUUCUGUAAAUAUAUUCAUAUGGAUUUCUUAUCCUUAAUUAAUAGGGGAUCACAAUAUAUUAUUGAGUCAUUUCUUCUUAAAAUGUCUUUAAAAUAUGAUUUUCUUUUAUAUUCUCCUUCUAAUAAAGAAGUAUUUGAUCAAAGACCUAUUUUACAUACCCCUUUAGUACUGCAACCAAAAAGUUCGAUUAAUUUUUUUCCACUUUUAGUUUUUGAUUUUCAAUCUUUAUAUGCAUCUAUUUUAAUUGCCUUUAAUAUUUGUUUUUCAACAUGUAUAGGAACAUUAACUUUAAAAAGAAAAAAUGAUAAAACAAGUGAAAAUAAAAAUAAUGGAAUUUUUAUUGACACUCAAAAGGAAGUUUUUUCAAAUAUUAAAAGGAAUAAUUUUGAAGAAUUAAAAGAAGAUGGUAGUGAUUCAGGAAACCAUAUGUUUAUUUCAAAUAAAUACAGAAAUGUUGAAAAUGAAUCAUUCACUAAUAUGAAUCAGAAAACUAUUUCCAACAAUAGAUUAAAAGAAGUUAACUUUAACAAAAAAUACACAGAUUGUUGUUUUAAUUAUAAUUAUGGUAACAAUUUAAACAAUGAUAAAAAUUUUAUUGAAGAUAAAGAGGAAGAAAUGCCAUUUGAAUUUUUAAAGUUGGGUGUAAAAAAAAAAGACAAAAAUAUUAUGAACAAAAUUAAAAAUUUAAAAAGUAGUGAUAUCAUUAUAACCAGUAACAAUACUUUAUAUGUGAAAAAAAAUAAAAGAAAAGGCAUUUGUAUUCUUUUUCUUGAAGACAUUUUGAAAACAAGAAUAAUGUUAAAAAGAUGUAUUGAAAUCUAUGAUAAUAAAAUUUCAGGAAAAUUAAAAGAAAGAAUAGAUAAUCUAAAAUUAAUAUUAAAUGUUGCUACUGGAUAUAUAGGAGCAAAUUUUUCAGGAAGAAUGCCAUGUGUUGAUAUAUCAGAAAGUGUUAUUAGUUUAGGUAGGAAUUUUUUAUUAUUCACGAUUGAGUAUAUAAGAAAAAAUUAUAAGUUUUUACAAGUAUUAUAUGGGGAUACUGACUCUUUAUUUUUAUUAAAUCUCUCCGAUGAUAUAACUUACUCUUUUAAAAUUGCAUAUGAUAUUUUAAAGAAUAUAAAUAAUAUUUUGCCGUCACCAAUGCAUUUAAAUUUUGAAAAAAUAUAUUUGCCUUCUUUACUUUUAACAAAAAAAAGAUACUUUGGUUUUACAUAUAAAAAUGAAAAUGAAGAUAAACCUUUUUUAGAAUUAAAAGGAAUAGAGAGUGGAAGAUCAGAUCAGUGUAAUUUAGUAAAAAAUGUAUUAAUACAGAUUUAUUUUAUCUUUUAUUAUUUCAGAAAUAAUUCCUAUUUUUCAUAUUGUUGUUGUUGUUGUUAUCUCUGUAGAAAUUUUUUUUAUAAUUUUGUUUGUUCAUGUAAAAAAUCAAAUAUUCAUAAAACAUAUCCAUGUUUUUUAUCAAAAAUAUUAAAAAUAAUUUUUCAGUUGUGUAAAAAUAGUGUACCUAAUAAAUUAGAAAUAUUAGAAGAUUCAAAUUUUAAUGAAAAUGAUAAGAUAAAAUUUUAUGAAUAUCUAUUGAAAUUAUUAAAUUUUGAUGAACAUAAUAUUUUUUUGAAAGUUUUGAACUUUUUGUAUAAAGAAAAGUACUCUUUUAUAUCGUAUAUAUUUAUGCAUUUUAACGAAAAUAUUUUAAAAGAAGAGAUUAAAAAAAUAAUAGAAAAGAACUACACAAAAAUAAUUAAUAAAAAAAAUGAUUGCUGUUUAACUAAUCCUCAUAAUAUUUUAAAAAUUUGCUUAUGUGUAAAAGAAAUUGAUCAAAAUAAUAAAUGCGACAAAUACAAAUGCUUUUGCAAUAUAAAGCAAGGAUUUUUUUUUUUUAAUACAAAAAGUGAUAAAACGAAUUAUGUUUUUAAUACAAAAAUGUUUUAUUCUCAUUUAUCAUUACAUUUAAAAAAUAUCUUAAGUGAAUUUUUUAAUCAAAUUUAUGAUAAUAAAAUUCCUUAUGACAAUUAUAUAAUAUAUAAAAAAGUAAAAUUAGGUACAUAUAAGGGAGAAUUACAAGGAAAUCAAAGAAAAGUUUCCUUACCACCACAAGCAGUAGUUGCUAAAAAAAUUUUAAAAAAAAUUCCAUAUAUUACUAUUUGUUAUAAAGAAAAAAUUCCUUAUAUUAUUACUAAAAAAUUAAAAACAGAUAAAAUUUGUAAUUCUGUAUCUCAUCCAUAUUUUAUUAGAGGAAUUCACAAACCUUGUAUUAUUCAUGAAAAUUUUGACUAUAAUUCCAAUUCUAAAGAUAAUCAUAAAAAAAUAAUAGAAAUAGAUAAAAUUUGUGAAAGUAAAAAUUGUAUUAAUUAUGGUGAAAAAGAAAAAUGGGAAAACAAUACAAAUAGCAUUAAAGAAGAUAAUAAGAUGUUUUCUGCGAAAAAUAUAAAAAAAAAAAAACUAAAAGAAAUAAACUUUGAAUAUUACAUACAAAAUUUAAUAUUGCCACCACUUGAAAGAAUGCUAAACUUACUACCUUUUUUCCCAGUUAAUGCAAAAGAGGUUUUUUAUAAGACAAAAAGACAAAAUACCUCUAAUAAAAAAAUACUAGAAAUUUCUUCAAUAAAAUCUAAUAAUACAAAAGAUAUUUUAAAAAAUAAUGAAAAAGUAGAAAAAUAUUAUGAAUUAGCAAAUAUUACAGAAGAAAAGGAUAAAAAAAUAGAAUUAAUGAAUGAAGAAUUAGAAGAAAAAAAAAUAAAAAAUAAAAUAAAAAUAAAAAUAGAAGAUGAAGAUAUAAUAAUAAGAAAUAAAAUAAUUAAAAGUUAUACUGAAAUAAAUAAGUCUCAGAAUGUAAUAAAAAAUUUAAAUAAAAUUUGUUUAAUGUGUUCAAAUUCAGAAAUGGAAGCUUUAGCUUGUCAAUAUUCAAUACACUGCAAAAUAUUUCUUAAAAAGGUAAUUUUACAAGAAAACAUUUCAAAAAAUCAAGAGAUUAUAAAAAGGCUUAUUUGA